UGGAGUGUAAAGUUGAGGUUCUCAUCUGGAUUGGAUGCAUGUUUAGGUAAAGCCAUGUUUAUCGCUUGCAGUUUUGCCGUUGUUUUCAUUUGCCUCACAGCGUUUACCUGCACGGUGGUGGACGGUCUCUAUGAAACACUUCGCUACUUUUUCUUCUUUUUAUCUAUUGUUUUGGAUACAUGUAUACAAUGCAUGAUGGGACAAGUACUCUUAAAUCACAGCCUAAAAUUUUCGGAACGAAUAUACAACUGUGACUGGGUGUAUGCCGACGUCCCUACCAGGAAGAUGAUUGCGAUGUUUCUGAUGCGAUCGCAAGCUCCAUUCAAAUUGUCUGGAAACGGCUACUUUAUUAUGAAUUUAAAUACUUAUAGUUCAAUCUGCAGCACAUCGUAUCAAUUCUUUAAUUUACUACGCACCAUAUAUACGACCCAACCUAAAACAUAGAUAGGUCCAUAAUAAGUGUAACCUACUGUUGCUAAACUAAUUAAAUGUUUCCACAAAUGGUAGAAACUGUAGAAAGCUUUGUAAAAUGGACAACAACAGACGUAGAUAGACGUAGAGAUUUCUUCUUUGAAAUACACAAAUAGAAAAUUAUAAUUAUAUUUGUUUAUAUCUA